ACUUAGACUGUGGGUGCGCGACGUUCCGGCGCGCACGGCGCAUAGAGAUAGUCGCUCGUGGUCGCUCGGCAGACUUGCAACGAAACGGGCAAGUUGUGGUGCAGAAUGCAUAAGUAAACUUCUUUCUUUCACUCUUUCUCUCUCUUUCUUUCUCGCUCUCGCUCUUUCUCGGCCGCAGUUUCGUGCUUUUACAACGGGACGGUGUAGACACAAACAACUACUUGCACACGGUUGGAGCUGUGUGCGUGUCCAGUCCUCUUCGCUUCUUGUCCCUCUAUUGGCGACAGCGCUGGUCCCUCUCGUCCGCGUUGGCUUACACAGUCUAUCACAUACCGUUCAUCUCGAGAAAUGGAGCUCGAGCAAGCGGCGUCGCAGAUAAAUGCGGACCUGGAAAAGAAGGCCAAGGAGAGCGGCGACGGCGGCGGCGACGUCCCCGGGAAUCAUAGCGAUCAUAUCAAUGGCAUGUCUAAUGGUUUCGAUAAAAAAAGAGAACACAAGUCCGAACAUAGAGAUAAAGACAAAGAGCGGUCUCAUAAAUCGGAUCAUAAGGACAAAGAUAGGAGUAAGGAGAAAGAGAAGAAUCAUAAGAGCGAACAUAGGGAUAAGGACAGGCACAGACAUAGUUCCAGUUCUAUGAAAGAUAAGGACAAACACGAUAGUAGCAGUAAUAAGGAUAAGGACAAAGAUAAAAAGAGCUCUUCUAAUAAGGAGCACAAGGAGCACAAGGAGCACAAGAGUAGCAGUUCAUCUAGCAAAGAUAAAGAUAAAAGCAAGGAACAUCAUCACAAAUCGAGUUCGAGUUCAAGUUCUAAGAGCAAAGACAGAUAUCACAAUAGUUCUAAGGACAAAGACUCAAAGAGCAAAGACAAAGAUAAGUACAGACACAGUAGUUCCUUAAAUUCUAGUUCGCGCGACAAAGACAAGGAUCGAAAUAUCUCGAAGGACAAGGAGAGCAAAAAACAUUCAUCCGAGAGAGAUAAAGAUCGACAUUCCACUUCUCAUUCUUCGGGCGAUAAAGAGAAACAUCGUUCGUCGGAGAAAGACAAAGACAAGCAUAGAGAAAGUUCGUCCAGCAGUAAGGAUAAGCAUCGUCAUGAAAAAGAUAAAGAUCGCCACCGACAUGAUAAAGACAAAUCUAAACAUCGUGACGAAAAGGAAAAAAAGGAUAAGGAUGCGGAAGAAAUUAAAAUAAAGGAAGAAACGGAUGUAAAGUUGAAUCAUGUAACCAACGAAAGAUUUCAUUAUAAUGAAGUCAAAUUAGAGAUAAAGGAAGAACCUAUGACGCAAUUAGAACUGGAGGAUGAUGAUGACAGUGGUGGUGAACGACCACUCUAUAUUAAAGAGGAGGACGAUGACGAGGAAGCUGUUAAGGAAGAUAUGGACUCGACGGACGGAAACGAUACCAGGCUAUCAGAUCUUCACAAUACGACCUUAAAAACGGAAGAGGACUCUGAAGAAGAUCAACCAUUAUCCUCGAGGUCGAAAGUAUCGCCGAGUUUAAAGAGAAAAAUCGAAUCGGAGGAAGAUGAAGACGUACCUCUGUCGGCGCGCAAGAAACCUAAAAAAAUGACCAGCUCGAAGAUCAAGAAGAAGAAACGAAAACACGAUGGAGAGGACGACGAUUCUGAAGUAGAAUCUGAAGAGAAAUCGAAGAAAAAAUCUGCAAAGUUAAAAGGGGAAAGUACCAGUCAGAAAAAGAAGCAAGAAGAGAAACAAGAAGUUUGGAAAUGGUGGGAAGAGGAGAAGAAAAGCGAUGGCACAAAAUGGCAUUUUUUGGAGCACAAGGGACCAGUGUUUGCACCGCCCUAUGAACCAUUGCCAGCCAGUAUAAAGUUUUAUUACAAUGGCAAAGAGAUGAAGCUGAGUCAGGAUACAGAAGAGGUUGCAACUUUCUAUGCACGUAUGCUGGACCAUGACUAUACGACCAAGGAUGCUUUCAACAAUAAUUUUUUUCAUGAUUGGCGGGAGGUGAUGACUGAAUCGGAACGCGCCAAAAUCACCGAAUUAUCCAAGUGUAAUUUUAAAGAGAUGCAUGCAUACUUCUUGCAAAAGAGCGAAGAACGCAAGGCGAUGACAAAAGAAGAUAAACAGAAGAUUAAGGAGAAGAAUGAAGAGAUUCAGAAGGAAUAUGGUUUUUGCACUAUCGAUGGUCACAAGGAGAAAAUUGGCAAUUUUAAGAUAGAACCACCUGGCUUGUUUAGAGGCCGUGGCGAGCAUCCCAAGAUGGGCAAGCUAAAGAAGCGAGUACUGCCAGAGGAUGUGCUCAUCAAUUGUUCAAAAGAUUCAAAUAUACCAAAACCACCGGUCGGCCACAAGUGGAAAGAGGUGCGACACGAUCCUAAUGUUACAUGGCUCGCGUCUUGGACGGAGAAUAUUCAAGGUCAAGUAAAAUAUGUGAUGCUGAAUCCGUCCAGCAAACUCAAAGGCGAAAAGGAUUGGCAGAAGUACGAGACGGCGCGGAAGCUGGCGCAAUCGAUCGACAAAAUUCGUGCGGAGUAUCGAGAGGAUUGGAAGAGCAAAGAAAUGCGUAUCAGGCAACGUGCCGUUGCCCUGUAUUUUAUUGACAAGCUGGCACUCAGAGCUGGUAAUGAAAAGGAUGAGGAUCAGGCGGACACUGUGGGCUGCUGUUCGUUGCGAGUAGAGCACAUCAAGUUGCACGAGCAUGGCAAAGACGGCAAAGAAUAUCUGGUUAUAUUCGAUUUCUUAGGUAAAGAUUCUAUACGAUACUACAAUGAAGUGCCGGUGGAAAAACGUGUCUUUAAGAACUUGCAACUCUUUAUGGAGAAUAAAUCACCAGGGGAUGAUUUGUUUGAUCGUCUGAAUACUACUGUGAUGAACAAACACUUGAAUGAACUAAUGGAAGGUCUCACCGCCAAAGUGUUCAGAACUUAUAACGCGUCAUGGACGUUGCAGCAGCAACUUGACAAACUGACUGACCCGAAUGACACGGAGGCGGAGAAGAUUCUUUCGUACAAUCGGGCUAAUCGCGCCGUCGCUAUACUAUGUAAUCAUCAGCGUUCCGUACCAAAAACGCACGCGAAAUCCAUGGAAAAUCUGAAGGCAAAAAUUGAUGCGAAAAAAGAAGCGAUAACCGAGUGCGAAUUGCAAGUGAAGGACGCCAAACGGGAUGCUAAACACGGUUCGGUAAAGGAGAAAGUAACAUACGAGAAGAAGAAAAAACAAUUGGAAAGAUUGAAGGAACAAUUGACAAAAUUGGAAGUCCAGGCGACAGAUCGAGAAGAAAACAAAGAGAUCGCGCUGGGUACUUCUAAGCUGAACUAUCUUGAUCCCAGAAUUUCCGUUGCAUGGUGUAAGAAACAUAAUGUACCUAUCGAGAAGAUCUACAACAAGACUCAGAGAGACAAGUUUCGAUGGGCGAUAGAUAUGGCGGGUCCUGAUUAUGUGUUUUAACUGUGUGGGUCAUCAUCUACAUCGCUUGAAAGGAGGUUAUUUCCCACUGAUAAUGUAUCUAGUGAAUUUUACGUUCUAACGAGAAACCGGGAGACUUAAAGAAAAAAGAAACAAAAAUAAAAAAGUAUGUAUGUGCUAUGUUUGCGUGUAUGUGUGCGCGUG